AUGUCUAGCGAAGACGACUCGAUAACACCACAGAGGAAUAUCGAAGCACAAAGUGCAUUUGCUUCCACUCUCGUGAAUCAUGAUGAUGUAGAGAAAGCCCAGCCAUCGAAAUAUGGAGUUCAGUCUGAGCGGGAGCACAAAAGCUUGUUUGGUUUGAAGAUCGCCACACCUGACAGCCAUGCUGGCACGGAUGCCGUAUUUACCGCAAAGGCACAACUCCUUAACCAGGCGUUGUUGGACGUCGGCAUGGGAAGGUAUCAGUGGUUUCUUUUCUUGAUGACGGGUGUAGGAUGGUUCCUUGACAGCUUCUGGGUUAUGUCUUUCUUGGUAAUCGCUCCCUCUGCCAGUAACGAAGCCCAAUUUUUCUUCUCUGGCAAUAAUGAAGACUACCUAUUUAUCAGCCUGUUUGUCGGUCUUACUGUCGGAGGUACAGUUUGGCCAAUGAUGUCCGAUGUACUGGGUCGAAAGUGGAUAUUCACAAGCACUAUCGUACUGAUGGGGAUGGGAGGAUUAGUUGGUGCAGGCAUGCCAUCAUUCACUGGCCUUUCUGUCGUUGGCUUUGUUGUUGGCUUUGCAGUAGCCGGUAACAAAAGUGUUGACGCUAUAAUACUUUUGGAAUCCCUUCCAGCGUCCCAUCAAUAUUUGGUUGCUAUACAGGGUGUGUUCUGGGGUUUGGGACAAUUAGUUGCUUCCGCCGUUGGAUGGGCUUUCAUCGAGUUGUAUACCUGCGGUACCGGACCGGGUGAGAAAAGUGGUGCUUUCUCCGUUAAACGUGCACACACCAGCAGUAGCAGUUCCUCCAGCAGCUCAUCUAGCAGUAGCAGCAGUGCAUCCUGCCACUACGUCAGCAAUAAAGGCUGGCGCUACGUCUGGUGGACAUUUGGAUGUAUCACUCUUUUCUUAUAUCUUUGCCGCUUUGCAUUCGCAUUCUUCGAGACCCCUAAGUUCCUCCUAGCCCGUCGCCGGGAUGCCGAGGCAACCCAACUGGUCAAAGAUAUCGCCCAGCACAAUAAUCGGCAAACUUGGAUCACCGAAGCGUCUUUCGCUCGAAUUGACUCUAUCAUCGAUGGAACUGAAGACGAGCUUCGUACAAAGUCCAGGACCAAGUCCUUGUUCUCAUCCACUGGUACUGUAGGCACCUUGUGCCUGACUCUCCUUUGGAGUAUUAUGGGCCUUACCUUCAUCCUAUACAAAAGCUAUGUCAGCAACUACCUCUAUCAGCAUAGUGGCGUAAUGAAGGUGAACUCGACCUCGGUGAAUACUCCGUAUCUUUACAGCCGCUAUGUGUAUGUUGCUAUCUGCAGCAUCCCCGGUCCAUUAUUGGCAGCCAUUUUCAUGGAAGUCAAAGGGAUCGGACGCAAGUUUACCGGUGCCGGGGUAGCCCUCCUAACUGGGCUUUUCAUGCUUGUCUCAACUGUUUCAAAAUCACCAAAUGCUCUUUUGGCAUUCGAAUGUAUUUUAAGCGUUUUGUACUUUGCACAGCUUGCCACCUUGACCAUCAUCACCAUUGAGAUUUUCCCAACUCCCACUCGAGGGUUCUGCCUUGGAUAUAUGGGCUUCUUUUGGGGAGUAUUUGGAAUGAUCGCAUGUGUUAUUACUACAUUUGAUAGUACUACUGUUGCUGGUGGUGGCCCUGUUUGGUUCUGUGGUGCCAUUUGGAUCUUCAUGGCUGGCGCUUGGGUCGCUUUGCCUGAAACGCAAGCGAAGGCCGCGGCUUAG